GUCGAAAAAGUAUGUUCAUAUCACAUGUUCAGUCCUUUUACUCAGUGUCUCCUCAUAACUAGCUGCUACUUUGCAGCCAAGCUACAAAGCCCCUGUUGGUCCGUCAAGCAAGGUCUUUAUUCUGCUCUGUUCCAGAGUGAAACAAAAGAAAGGCCUGUCUCACCUGGACCCAGCUGUGUGUCCUUUCAGAGUGACCGCUCAAUGAGACACCCUCUCGAGUUUACAGAUGGAGCAUCCUCUGUGGAAAGAACCCCAAAACAGGAACCAGAAAACAGCUGCAGAAAUUUGAUAGAGUCCGUAUUCCAGCUGGAGCACAAAGUCAUCACAUUGGUGAAGAAUGAACUGAACAAUUUAAAGAAGCUACUGAGUGCUGAUUACCCAGAAUGCUCUGAGAAGGAGGAGAAAGCGGAGGAGGAGGAUCUGGACCGUAUUAGAGAGAGUGUGCUGAAGAUCACACUGCGUAUCCUGAAGAACCUGAAGCAGAAAGAUCUCGCUCACCAACUGCAGAUCAAGCUGGCCUCUGUAUAUCAGCGAAAACUCAAAUCCAGACUUGGAGAUAAAUUUAAAAGGAUAAAUGAAGGAAUCUCCCAGCAUGGGACAUCAGUACUUCUGAAUCAGAUCUACACAGAGCUCUACAUCACAGAGGGCUGGAGUGAAGACAUCAGUGAUGAACAUGAGGUGAGACAGAUUGAGACAGUGUCCAGGAGACCAGUAACAGAGGAGAAACCCAUCAAAUGUAAUGAUCUCUUUAAAGACACGUCCAUCAGAAGUGUGCUGACUAAAGGAGUUGCUGGAAUUGGAAAAACUGUCUCUGUGCAGAAGUUCAUUCUGGACUGGACUGAAGGGAAAGUGAAUCAGGACGUCACCUUCAUGUUUCCACUUCCCUUUAGAGAGCUGAAUCUGAUGAAGCAGCAAAACCUCAGUCUGAUGAAUCUUCUUCAUCAGUUUUUCCCUGAUAUUAAGGACCUAGAAGUAAUAGACAGUGAUACCUACAAAAUCCUGUUGAUCUUCGAUGGUCUGGAUGAGUGUCGACUUCCUCUAGAUUUCCAGAACAAUGAGAGAUUGUGUGAUGUGACCGAGUCGGCAUCAGUGGAUGUGCUGCUGACAAACCUCAUCAAGGGGAACCUGCUUCCCUCUGCUCUCCUCUGGAUAACCACUCGACCAGCAGCAGCCAAUCAGAUCCCUUCUGAGAGUGUAGACCAGGCAACAGAGAUACGAGGGUUCAGUGAUCCUCAGAAAGAGGAGUACUUCAGGAAGAAGAUCAGUGAUCAGAGCCUGGCCAAUAAAAUCAUCACACACAUGAAGUCUUCAAGAAGCCUCUACAUCAUGUGCCACAUCCCAGUCUUCUGCUGGAUCUCAGCCACUGUUCUCGAAAGAAUGUUAGGUGAAGCAGAGAGUGGAGAGAUCCCCAAGACUCUGACUCAAAUGUUCACACACUUCCUUAUCUUUCAGAUCAAACACAAGGAACAAAAGUACCAUGGAACAUAUGACCCUGAUUCUCAGCAGACCAGAGAGAGUAUCCUGGCACUGGGAAAACUGGCUUUCCAACAACUGGAGAAAGGAAACCUGAUCUUCUAUGAGGAAGACCUGAGAGAGUGUGGCAUUAAUGUUAGAGAAGUGGCAGUGUACUCAGGGGUGUGUACUCAGAUCUUCAGAAAAGAAUCAGGACUCUACCUGGGGAAGAUGUUCAGCUUUGUGCAUCUGAGCAUUCAGGAGUUUUUGGCUGCGUUGUAUGCAUUUCUCUGCUUUCUUGACAAAACCCCAACAAAAGAGCAAACUACUGCUCUGUCUGGUCUUUUCAACACAUCAGAAAUGCCUGACUUCCUCAAAGGUGCAGUGGACCAGGCCUUACAGAGUGACACCGGACACUUGGAUCUUUUCCUCCGCUUCCUUCUGGGCCUCUCAGUGGAGUCCAAUCAGAAGCUCAUUCGACAUCUUCUGCCACACACAGGAAGCAGCUCUGACUGCCAGAAGGACAUAGUUGAGUACAUCAAGUUCAAGUUUGAACAAAAUCCAUCUCCAGAGAGAUUAAUAAACCUUUUCUACUGUCUGAAUGAGUUAAAUGAUGAUUCACUCGUGAAAGAGAUCCAAAGUUACAUAAGCUCAGGACGUCUCUCUGAAGCUGAACUCUCACCUGCUCAGUGGUCUGCUCUGGUCUUUGUGUUGCUGACAUCAGAUGAGGAUCUGGAAGUGUUUCAGCUACAGAAGUUCAUAAAGUCAGAUGAAUGCUUUAAGAGGCUGCUACCAGUCGUCCAGCAAGCCACAACAGUUCUGCUCAGUGAUUGUAACCUGACAGAGAGAAGCUGCUCAGCUUUACACACAGUUCUCAGCUCUGAAUCCUCCAAACUGACUGAGGUGGAUCUGAGCAGUAACCAUCUGGAGGACUCAGGAGUGAAGCAGCUUUGUGUUGGACUGGAGAGUCCAAACUGUAAACUGGAGAAACUGAGACUUUCAGACUGCAGUAUAACAGAGGAAGGAUACACUGCUCUGGCUGAAGCUCUGAGACUAAACCCAUCAUCCCACCUGAUAGAGCUGGAUCUCAGAGGGAACGACCCUGGAGCAUCAGGAGUGAAGCUGCUCACUGAUUUACUCCAGGAUCCAGACUGUAAACUAACAACACUGAGGCUGAAUAAAAGUAAUCUGACUGUGGAGAGCUGUUCAGCUUUAGCCAGGGUUCUCAAAUUAAAGUCCUGCAGUGUGAGAGAGCUGGACCUGAGCAACAACAGUCUGCAGGAUCCAGGAGUCACUCAGCUUUCUGCUGGACUGAAACACCGUCACUGUAAACUGGAGAUUCUGAGGUUUAAUGCAUGUGCUCUAACUGAUGGAAGCGGUUCAGCUCUCGCUGAAGUUUUGAGCUCUGAAUAUUCCCAGCUGAGAGAGCUGGACCUGAGCAACAACAGUCUGCAGGAUCCAGGAGUCACUCAGCUUUCUGCUGGACUGAAACACCGUCACUGUAAACUGGAGAUUCUGAGGCUUAAUGCAUGUGCUCUAACUGAUGGAAGCGGUUCAGCUCUCGCUGAAGUUUUGAGCUCUGAAUAUUCCCAGCUGAGAGAGCUGGACCUGAGCAACAACAGUCUGCAGGAUCCAGGAGUCACUCAGCUUUCUGCUGGACUGAAGAAUCCACAGUCUCCACUCAGAACACUGAGACUGUGUAACUGCAGUGUAGCAGCUGAAGGCUGUGCUGCUUUGGCUGCAGCUCUGGAAGAAAAUCCCUCACAGCUCAGAGAGCUGGAUCUGAGCGGGAAUAAAGCAGGAGACUCAGAAAUAAAGCACAUCUCGAACCUCCUACAGAAUUCACACUGCCUCCUGGAAACACUCAAGUCCACUCAGCCAGACUGUCAUCUGGUGAAAUUUGCAGACGACACAGUCCUGCUCUCUCUGCUUUCCGCCUCUAACCCACACCAUGGCUCUGUACUUCAGGACUUCAUCUCCUGGUGUGAGGGAGCCGGUCUCCAGUUGAACUCUAAUAAGACCAAAGAGUUGAUUGUGACAUUCUCCAUCAAGCAGAGACAACUGGCAGAGGCUCACACGACCACCAUCCGGGGGGAGCCGGUGGAGCUGGUGGAGGAAUAUAAGUAUUUGGGCACAAUAUUUGACAGUCUUCUGAGGUUUUCCUCCAACACUGAGGAGAUCCUCAAGAAGUGCCACCAGAGACAAUAUUUGCUGAGGAAGCUGAGAUCAUUUGGAGUGAAUAAAGACAUUCUCCUGACUUUCUACCACUCUUUCAUUGAGAGUCAAACCAUCCGCACCGCCCACAGGAUCCUACAUGACCCCUCACACACACUACACUCAGUGUUGGAGUGGCUUCCAUCAGGACGCAGGCUGCGCUGUCCACGCUGUAGGACACAAAGGAGGAGGUUGUUGAAAAGUGCUGAAGCAGAGGAAGCCUACAACCUUCUUACUCGAAUGUUCAGUAAAAACCCCUUACUGCACACGGAGCUGGAUCUGAGCGACAUAACAUCAGAAGACGUCAGAGUGGAUCAGCUCUCGGCUCUGCUGCAGGAUCCACAUUACAGACUGCAGAAACUUGCGUAA